CUUCGCCGGUGAUGUUUGCGCUGGGAUUGUUUUGCCCUGGAUUGCAAAAUUGUGAAUCCUAGCGGAAAGAGAUAAGGACGACUUUGAAAUAGAGCGUUAUCCAUACUUUUGGUUAAAGCCCUUGAGUGAUAACUACUUGGCAUACCUAACUGAAUCAUUCCAUGUGUGACUCACUGUCGACAGGCGCCAUGGUGCUGCUGGGCGACGUGUUCCCGAACUUCGAGGCCGAUUCCACGGAGGGGCCCGUCAAGUUCCACGACUGGCUGGGCGAUUCGUGGGGGAUCCUGUUCUCGCACCCGGCCGACUUCACGCCCGUCUGCACCACCGAGCUGGGCGCCGCCGCUCAGCUUGCGCCCGAGUUCGCCAAGCGCGGCGUACGCAUGAUGGCCGUCUCCUGCGAUGGCGUCAACUCGCACAAGGACUGGAUCAAGGACAUCGAGGCGUACAACAGCCUGGGCGCCGGCCGCUUCCCCUACCCGAUCAUCGCCGACGAGGAACGCCAUCUGGCCGUCCAGCUCGGCAUGCUGGACCCGAACGAGCGCACCGCCGACGGCCUGUGCCUCACGGCGCGCGCCGUCUUCGUGGUGGGGCCCGACAAGAAGCUGAAGCUGUCCAUCCUGUACCCUGCCACCACCGGGCGCAACUUCCAUGAGAUCCUACGUGUGAUCGAUUCGCUGCAGCUGACUGCCCAGAAGAAGGUGGCCACGCCCGUCAACUGGAAGGCGGGCGACAAGUGCAUGGUGCUGCCAUCUAUCAGCGAGGAUGACGCCAAGAAGCUGUUCCCCGCCGGCGUGGAAGUGAUCCCAGUGCCCUCCGGAAAGAAGUAUCUGCGCACCACUCCGCAGCCGCAGUGAAGCCUGACGCAGUCUUCCGGCUAUCACCUGUCGACAGCGGCCUGGCGGGCUUGGCUUAUUUGUCCCAUUGAAGGGACGGUGGAUUCCACUGUUUCCCAGUGGUAUUUUCAUACACGUUUGUUUGCACGCCUCUGAUCGCACCGUAUGGGCGGCGUUCGUCGCUCGUAUAUCUCGCACAGCUGGCUGAUGAUGUGGUAAUAAAAAUGCGCCGUGAACGAAUUUGCGCCAGGGAA